AUGACACAACGAAACGUUACUUGUUUAAUUGAUUCUGUAAAGCUUCAUAACGCAACUGGGGGUGGAUACAAAAUAUAUAACCUUAUAACAACCUUCGAAAUUUUCAUACCACUCCCAGAAACUAGCUCGUACAUAAUUUUUCGUUUCAACGACGAAUAUCAGAAAUCUCAGAAAUCAGGGAAAUCCGGUAUAAUAUGGGGUUAUAUCUAUGGAAAAAGUUUAGACUUCAUGGAUCGCGUGAAACAUGCAAUCUCUGUUGAAAGUACAGAAGAAAACAUGAUUCACUGCGAUGGAGAAAACUUGGACUCGUCGGUCUUCGAAGACACGGGCUAUAUUACUGAAAGAAGCUUUGACUCGUUAAACUCCAUUCGUCCGGAAUAUGUAAUUUGCCGUAUCGAUGGUAAUAACAAUCUUACCCUUGUUCGUUAUAUUAAAGAAGAAACCCUAAACUUGUUAAAGAAACGUGAACUCGUCCGUAAACACAUAUGUCGCUACUGCAAAAAAUUAUAUAAAUAUCCAUGCCAUUUAAGAGACCACGAGCAGGUUCAUUCUAAUAUAAGACUGAAAUGUCCAGUUGAAGGCUGUAAAAAGUCUUAUACAUAUAAAGUAAAUAUGAGGCGUCACGAAAAGAGUCAUUAUUCUAAUUAA